GAAAAUAGUAUACAUGCCUAUUAUAAAUAGUAGUUGCAUAUAGAAUACAACUUUAUUCUCAACAAACAUGACAACUUUGAAAAUCACCAAAAAGCAUCACAAACAUUUCAACAAUCCUUUCCCUGCCAACCCAAAGACUCUCCCAUUGAUAUAUGGAACUUUGAUCUUGAAUUUUCAGAAACUGCCUUCUUCACAUCAGAUCUACACCAUUGGAAAAGAUUUCCAGUUGAGUUGGUCUUCAAAAGAUGGAGGAUUUCUUUCAAUCUCUCACAAGUCUGAGCCAGCAAGGUCCCUGUGGUCCACAAUCCCUAGAGAAGCUUUCAUUUCUGCAGCUAUUGCUGAAACUGAAGUCGAAGAAAGUAGAGGUUCAUUCCUGAUCAAAGAUAAACAUGUUCAUUUCGUAUGUAAUCACCAAACCAUUGAAGAGAUAAACAUCAUAAACCAAUCUGAUAUCACUACGUCCUCACACGAUCAAGAUCAAUUUUUGCCAAAGAAUUCCCAGUUUCCUGUUUUGAUGAUCACAGGGAAAGUUUAUGGUGUCAAUAAAACAAAGAAGGUUAGAUUUCCAAGACGAAAAGAGUUGAUGGAAUCUUCAGAGAAAGAAACUUCCACUUCUGCAAGAUAUUGGCUUCUGUUUGAUCAAAAAAACUGUAAUCAACUUGGUUUCCAAGUGAGAAUUGGAAAACCAGAUUUACAACUUCCACAGAGAGUUUCUCCAAGAAGUUACAGAAGCUUUUCUCUAAAAUUUGGUCGAAUUCGGAGACGUAGAGCUGGGUGGUUUGGAUUUCUGUCAAGAAAAAAAACUGUCGCUGAGGAGAACGUGGUGAUGAAAAGUGCCGGAGUUAGUGAUUUCAAUAGGAUUUGUUUAACAUAUGCAAGUGAAAGAAAUGAGAGAUUCUUUGGUUUCGGCGAGCAAUUUUCUCAUUUAGACUUUAAAGGAAAGAGGGUCCCCAUUUUUGUUCAAGAACAAGGGAUUGGAAGAGGCGAUCAACCUAUUACCUUUGCAGCUAAUUUAGUUAGCUACAGGGCAGGGGGGGACUGGAGCACAACUUAUGCUCCUUCACCAUUCUACAUGACAUCAAAGAUGAGGUCACUUUACUUGGAGGGUUAUGACUAUUCAGUGUUUGAUCUAACAAGAGAUGAUAGAAUUCAAAUACAGUUACAUGGGAACUCAUUUGAAGGUCGGAUACUGCACGGCAACUCACCUUGUGAGCUCAUUGAACAUCUCACAGAAAGCAUUGGAAGGCCCCCACCUCUUCCAGAAUGGAUUAUUUCUGGUGCAGUGGUGGGAAUGCAAGGUGGCACGGACACCGUCCGCAGUAUUUGGAAUGAAAUGCAAAGAUAUGAUGUCCCAGUAUCAGCAUUCUGGUUGCAGGAUUGGGUAGGGCAGAGAGAGACAGUCAUUGGGUCACAACUUUGGUGGAAUUGGGAAGCAGAUGAAACUAGAUACUCAGGAUGGCAACAACUAAUUCGAGACCUUAAUAUGAAACAUAUCAAAGUGAUGACAUAUUGCAAUCCUUGUCUGGCUCCGAUGGAUAAAAAGCCAAAUAUAAGGAGACACCAUUUUGAGGAGGCAAAGAAGUUGGAUAUCUUAGUGAAAGACAAGAAUGGGGAACCAUAUAUGGUGCCCAAUACAGCAUUUGAUGUAGGGAUGCUGGAUUUGACACAUCCACAUACCGCGAAUUGGUUUAAGCAGAUUCUGCAAGAAAUGGUAGAUGAUGGAGUGAGAGGAUGGAUGGCAGAUUUCGGCGAAGGCCUGCCAGUGGAUGCCUGCUUGUAUUCAGGCGAAGAUCCAAUUGCAGCACAUAAUAGAUAUCCUGAAUUAUGGGCAAAACUCAACAGGGAAUUUGUGGAUGAAUGGCGAAGCACACAUGUAGGCCAAGAAAGAGAAGAUCCAGAGGAGACUUUGGUUUUCUUCAUGAGGGCUGGUUAUAGGGAUACUCCUAAGUGGGCAAUGCUAUUUUGGGAGGGAGACCAAAUGGUGAGUUGGCAAAAAAAUGAUGGUAUCAAGAGUGCAGUGGUUGGCUUGCUUAGCGGAGGACUUUCAGGAUAUGCUCUUAAU